CUCCCUCCAAAGUUUUCUCCCGCAUCUCACCCUGCUCGCCGCAGGGGAGGGGAUCGAUAACAGAGAGGAAGCGCGGGAAGAAGAAGAAGAAUAAGACGACAUCGACAGUCAGCCGUCACGUAACUAGGUCUAGGCCCGGCCCCAUAAUUAACCAUAGCUUAUUAAUUAUUGAUGGAACCCAAGUUAGACAGCGUGAUCAUCAUUGCCGACACCACCAACAAGGGUCCGGGUCCUAUUAUUCCUAAUGGCGAUGUUAUCGAUAUUAAUUCUAAAUCCGAUGGAGAUAGAGAUCAUGGGCAGGAUCAUCAUGGUUAUGUGGGCGCCAUCACAGCCGCAGCACCAGCACCAGCACCAGCACCAGCCGGUAAUAAUUACAAAAAGAAGCGCAGAGGAGCUAUACAAAUUCUCCAGGUGGCCGCCUUUAUGCUCCGACGACGCCGUUCAUCUGACAAAUUCAAAUCCAAAUCAAUUCCGGCCUCCAUCGAAGCAGAAGCAGUGGCUUCUUCAAAAAGCACGUGGAAGCGCCUCGUAGGGUCCAUCCGUCCCUUGCACCUCCAAAGCGGCAGCAGUAACCCAUCGACGCCGUCGGCCUCCUCCGCUAGGAGCACGCAUGAACGUACUUCUUCAAUUGAACGAUACGAAGACGUGCUCCUACCACCCAUAUCUCCGGCGCGGACUGACGACCUCUCCUCCGAAGAUGGAAUGUCCAGCCGAUACGCCUCUGCUGUCAGUCUCCAAGAGCUGGACCGGACGGAAGAUGACGACACCAAUGCCAUCGCUGCCUGUCCUGGUGAUGCCACUCAUGACCAAAAUAUUGACGCCAAGGCUGAAGAGUUUAUAGCUCAGUUCUAUCAACAGAUGAGGCUUCAGCGCUUGGAUUCCAUCGAUCGUCGCUACAACGACAUGAAGAACAGGUCAAUUGGUUAAGAUCGACGAUCCAUCAAUGUACCUAGUACUACAUGCAUGCAUGUGUGUCGCUUCAAUUUGGGUCGUAUAUAACAUGGCUGCUGCUUAAAAUACAACUAAUUGCAAAGCUAACAUGCACCUGGCACUGCCUUCACUUGCGUUUUGCUGUUUGCACGCAUUCACGCCGGCUAACUUGGGUUCCUUAAUUAAAUAUAUAUACACAUGGGAAACGUACCUAGCUAGCUAGCUGCAUAUGUACUACCUGAUUUAAUAAAGUAAAUAAAUGUUUGAACCAUAUAUCAAUCUA